AAGCAGAUCUAGUGCAUAUGAAUGCAAAUGAAUAUCUAUUUGGGACAUAUUCAUCUAUUAGGGACAUAUUCAUGCAGUAAAAGUUCUCAGCCUGGCGGGGCGGAGGGAGGCAGCUGGUGGGGAGGAUGGCUUGCAGCUGCCAAACAUCAGACUGAGCGAGCCCUGGAGAUGGUCAGCGCUGACCUCCAGGAGUUCACUUCCACCAUGCAGUCAGACACCAAAAAGGUUGUAGAGAAGACUAAGGAAACCAUACAGAAGAACACUCAGUCUGACCAGGAGACACAACCGUCCACAGGCGAAAGGGUCAAGAAGGGGUUCUUCUCACUGAUGGACGGGAUCACAAAGGCCCUCACUAUUGACCCUGAGGACACAUCGCCCCCAGCCAGGGGUAACCCACAGCAACCUGCACACGGGAUCUUUGACCGCUCCAAGAUACGACUGAGGGCAGUGCAGGUAGACACAGGCACAUAUUUGAAUGAGCCAGCAGGGUCAGCAGAGCUGUAUGCUGAUUGGUUGAAAACCUUCGACAUCGAGGCACACAAGGGGGAAAUAUCAGACCUGCUGGUGUCCAUGGUAGAAGUCAGAUCCCUGUAUACAUCCCUGGUACCAUCUGAGGUGUCUCAUCAGGAUUUCUGGUGGAGGUACUUCUAUAGGGUUCACCAACUGAAGUUGGAUGAGGCCAGGAAGCAGGCCCUCAUGAAGAGAGCUGAGCAGGCUCAGGUGAAAGAGGACUCCAUCAACUGGGACGAGGAGGAGUGGAGUGGAGACGAGGAAAAUGCAGGCAAUAAGCACAGGGAGACUAAAGUGAACACUGAAGACCUGAACACGUGUCUGAAACAGCAAACAGAGGCUACUGUUGGAGCAGUGACAGAGACUUCUGAUGGAGCAGUGACAGAGACUACUGAUGGAGCAGUGACAGAGAAUACUGAUGGAGCAGUGACAGAGACCACUGAUGGAGCAGUGACAGAGACUACUGAUGGAGCAGUGACAGAGACUACUGAUGGAGUAGUGAAACAGAAUGAGAAGACAUGUGAGAAGAAGCAUGAACAUUCAUAUGUAAAUUCCACACCCCUGUCGACAUUAUCAGUUGAAAAUGGGGUAAAUACUGACAAUGCACUGGAGAAAAACCCUGCAGAUGUGUCUUGUGAUAACAUUGAAUAUGAAUCUGCUAAACAACAGAAUGUGGAUACUGCAGAUGUUGUUGAGGUUGCAAAUAUUGCAGACAAAGCAAUCUCAGAAGAAACCCCUAUGGUUGCACAGCAUACAUUGAUGGAAGAAACACAGGGUGGCAAUGAUCGUAAAACUGUAAUUGAAACAACUGGUUGUGAUAAAUCUGUCAUUGUAUGUGAAGAACAUUUUAGUGCAAAUAAAGUGCCAGCAGUAACACAGGCGACCGAACCAGAUAAAAUUGAGAUGGAAAAAAUAUAUGCAGAUGUUUCUUCCACCAUAAAUCAAGCUUUAGGUGAAAUGAAAGAAACUCUUUGUGAUGUGAAUGUAGAAUCUGAGAAAACCAUGGAAUCAAGUGGAGGGUUGCCAAUGAAAGUGAAAGAAGAUAUUGUUGUAGUUGGAGACAGGAUUUCCCCUACAUCUGACUCCAGCGGCACUAAAGGGUCGAGCUCUGAUGACUGGGAGAAGGACUUUGAUGAUGUCGAGGUCACUGCCGAGGACUUGAAGGCAGCCCAAGAAUUGGCAAGCAAACUCAACAUGUCUGCCGCUGAGUAUAACACGCUCACUGGAGGGAAUGUGGAUGGGGACUGGGAAAAUUGGGAUUAAAAAAUCAACCACUCUGACUGGACCCAACUACCUAACACAGUUUAGAAUGCUUGCCGCUUUUGUUCAACUUCACUCGAAUGCAGAUAUUUGUUGAGCUUCAUCCUGCACAAUUUGAUUUCAUCUGUGACAGACAUUCCCUAUAACUUACAAAAUGUAGUGAGGGUCUUAUUCCAAUGUUAUGUCCUUGAACUUUUAUACAUGUGACAACAGUUUAAUAUGUAUGUUGUGUUAGGUUCUGGUGUUACCAUUGAUUUUUAAGUUCAUAGUAUUUAAAAUGAAUGUAUUGUUUAGCAUUUUCGUGAUUACAACUAUGAGGCUGUUUUCACAUUUCCAAUCUAAAACAUCAUUUAGAAAUAACUGAUACCAUAGACAGAAGCAAAGUGACUGUUUUCUAAAAACAUAUUGCCUUGUUUCUUAUAUUAAAUAUGUAAUUGCUUAUUAAUAUAGUUGGAAUGGACUUUUUAUUUUUAUUUCAUACAUUGUGCUUAUUUUGGUGAUGGCUUAUAAAGCAAUCAGUAAGAUUUGUUGUUGUUUAUUACAAUGUGUUGUUUAUAUGCGUAAAUAUUUAUGAGCUAUUAUAUUAAUAAACUGUACUUUUAUUU